AUGAGCUUCGGUUCCGAGCACUAUCUGUGCUCCUCCUCCUACCGCAAGGUGUUCGGGGAUGGCGCGCGCCUCUCCGGGCGCCUCUCCGGGGCCGGCGGCGCGGGCAGCUUUCGGUCUCACUCGUUGUCCCGCUGCUCCGCGGCCUCCACGGCCGCCUGUGCCCCGGGGUCCUCGCUCGGCCUGAGCCUGGCGUACCGGAGCCGCGCGCCGGCGUCCGACGGGCUGGACCUGAGUCAGGCAGCUGCGCGCACCAACGAGUACAAGAUCAUCCGCACCAACGAGAAGGAGCAGCUGCAGGGCCUCAACGACCGCUUCGCAGUGUUCAUCGAAAAGGUGCACCAGCUGGAGACGCAGAACCGCGCGCUAGAGGCCGAGUUGGCCGCGCUGCGGCAGCGCCACGCCGAGCCGUCGCGCGUGGGCGAGCUCUUCCAGCGCGAGCUCCGCGACCUGCGCGCGCAACUGGAGGAGGCGAGCUCGGCGCGCGCGCAGGCCCUGCUGGAGCGCGAUGGCCUGGCAGAGGAGGUGCAGCGGCUGCGGGCUCGUUGCGAGGAGGAGAGCCGCGGGCGCGAGGGGGCCGAGCGCGCCCUGAAGGCGCAGCAGCGCGACGUGGACGGCGCCACGCUGGCCCGUCUGGACCUGGAGAAGAAGGUGGAGUCGCUGUUGGACGAGCUGGCCUUCGUGCGCCAGGUGCACGACGAGGAGGUGGCGGAGCUGCUAGCUACCCUGCAGGCUUCGUCGCAGGCCGCGGCCGAGGUGGACGUGACGGUGGCCAAGCCAGACCUGAGCUCGGCACUGAGGGAGAUCCGCGCGCAGUACGAGUCCCUAGCCGCCAAGAACCUGCAGUCUGCCGAGGAGUGGUACAAGUCCAAGUUCGCUAAUCUGAACGAGCAGGCGGCGCGCAGCACCGAAGCCAUCCGUGCCAGCCGCGAGGAAAUCCACGAAUACCGGCGUCAGCUCCAGGCGCGCACCAUCGAGAUUGAGGGCUUGCGCGGGGCCAAUGAGUCCCUGGAGAGGCAGAUCCUGGAGCUGGAGGAGCGGCAUAGCGCCGAGGUGGCCGGCUACCAGGACAGCAUUGGGCAGCUGGAGAGUGACCUGAGGAACACCAAGAACGAGAUGGCGCGCCACCUCCGGGAGUACCAGGACCUGCUCAAUGUCAAAAUGGCCCUUGACAUUGAGAUUGCAGCUUACAGGAAGCUGCUGGAAGGUGAAGAGACUCGGUUCAGCACCAGUGGAUUAAGCAUUGCAGGGCUGAACCCACUUCCCAACCCCAGUUACCUGCUCCCUUCUAGAGUCCUCAGUGCUGCAACCUCCAAGGUGUCAUCCACGGGGCUGGCACUUAAGAAAGAGGAGGAGGAAGAGGAAGAGGCUUCUAAGGGCGCCUCGAAGAAAACCUCCCAGAUAGGAGAAAGUUUUGAAGGAAUACUGGAGGAGACCGUAAUAUCUACUAAGAAAACCGAGAAGUCAAAUAUAGAAGAAAGCACCAUUUCAAGCCAAAAAAUAUAAUUAUUUGCUUAAAAAGUUAAUGCUUAAGAGGGAAUAAUAUGCAUCUGACUUAUUAAACAGCCAACUCCUGAACCUUAACACCUGUCACUAUUAUAGAAUGUCUUCAAGGCUUCAGUCUCAUAGUUAGCAUCAAAUACCUUCUCUCCUAGGAAAACCAGCCCUUAGAUUGGAGCAAACCACAGUCCUGGGGCCAUCACGGAGGAGUCAUCUCAGAACACAGCUUUCUCACCUCAGGCUUGGACGUCACAGGGAUAGAUGAUUCGGGUGCAGAGGAAGGGUAAACUAAGGUGCUAAAUCUGUUAUCACUCUCUUAGCUGUGAGCUGAAUUGAAAACCUAUGUUUAUUCACUAUGCUUAGCUGUAUAAUCUCACUCUAGAUAUUUAAAACAAAUCACUGCCAAAAAAAAAAAAAAAAAUUAACCAAUGGUCCACACCCGGUUCUGCUCUGAUAGAAGUUAAGUCACAAAUGAUAGGUGUUUAUUAAUGGACAUUUUACUUUCCACUCUCUCCAACUCCAUAUAUCCUUUUUUCCACCCAGGAAAAAAAGGAGACUAGUGUAGUAUUCUUCCCUUUUAAACAUGUUGAGUUUUUCUUAGAAGAACUUAGCCCCCUUCACUCUGUUUGCUUAAUGAGUAAAAUUAGUGCAUGCUGACCAUACCUGUGAUUGUGUAAUGGCUUAUCCCUGCCCAUUUCAUAUUCGUUCAAUUCUGUAGGUUUAAAAACAUGGCAGUGAGCUGGGCGUGGUGGCGCAUGCCUGUAAUCCCAGCACUCAGGAGGCUGAGGCAGGGGGAUUGCUUCUGAGUGUGAGGCCAAUUUGGGCUCCAUAAGUGAGUUCAAGACCAGCCUGUGGACGCUGUCUCAAAAACAAAAAACAACCCCCCCCCAAAAACAAAAAUGGCAGUGAUGAAUUUUGAGAGUUUUCCCUAACAAAUGGAAUAAGGAAAAGAAUCCCUAGAUUUUUAGGCUUUCAAGUUACUCAAAUCCAUUAGUUAGGGGGGAAAAAAAAAACUAUUAAGAACAUAGCUUUUCACCAUAACUUUAUAUAGCUUUUCACCGUAACUUUAGAGGCACAGUAACUUGUAUCUCAAACUGAUUAAGUGUACCUUAGAUCUAGUAGUGUAAGUUAGGAGAGGUGAGUAUCUCCAGGAAAGGAGAGGGCCAAGGUGUUGUGUGUGUCCAUUCCUGUGUGGUGGUGUAGGAUUAGCUUUCCGUGCCCUGACCCUUAGACGCCAGCCCCCGCUCACCCAGGCCUUCAGAGGCCUCACUUCCGCCUCCUAUGCCUGUGAAGAGUGCUAAGUGUCACUUGUUGUGUCACCAGGACACAAUGCUGCUGCUCAAAAGUUAGACAACGUCUGGUCAAUCAACACACCAGCAAACACAAGAAAUAAGAUUUUCUGUUUUCUACAAGAGUCUUUCCUUACAGUGUCCCUGCUGCUGUGCAGCUGGCGGAGCCCCAGAACAGGCAUGUGUACCCGCCACCUGCAGGACGGUCGGCUCCUCAUCUGCCCUCCUAUGGCAUCCACAUUGCCUGUCUGCCCCGUGCCAGGCUUGAACAGGCUUCGUCCUCAGUCCCUCAGAGCUCAAGAGCUGCCCUGUCAUGUCCUGCAUCUCCAUUAUAAACUCCGUGGUGACGAGGACACGAUGCUUUUACAGGACUUUCCUACUCUAGCACAUGCUUCCAUAGUUCAAGGACUCAAAAGGCACUUUCCUCUUCCCUGCCCUUCCCCAGCCCACCUUUGAUCCUUACACUUACUGGGAGACAUUAGCGAAAUAAAAGUCACUGACUCUUGCCAGCUUCA